AUGGUAGCUACAUCUAAUGCCAACGCAAAAGAUGGAAAAGAAGAAAAUACUGAUCCAUUUAAGUAUGACUAUGAGACUUUAAGGAUCGGUGGUUUGUCAUUUGCUGUGGUAUUCUUUGCUCUGGGUGUCCUCCUCAUUCUCAGUCGGAGAUGCCGCUGCAGUAUUAAUCAGAAGCCAAGGGCUCCAGGGAAUGAGGAGGCCCAAGAAGAGAAUCUGAUGGUGUCCAAGGACUAUAAAACUCUGAGUAUUGCAGGCUUAUCCGUUGCUGCAGUCCUAGUGGUCCUUUCCAUUCUGCUUCUUGUUGGUAAUCGCAUUAAAAGAUGCGGGAAGUCAAAGCAUAAAUCAGUCAGAGGUGAAAGCUAGACAUGAGACGAGAUCUCUAUCGAACAACAAGUAAAAGAAAACAUGGGAAUUAAUUAGGGACAAUUAUUUGUUUUAAUUGUUAAAUGUAAUAAAAUAAUAUUGAACUGUAAUGUAAUAAUUGAUCACACCUGUAAAAAUUGUAAU